UGUAACUUGUAACAACCGUAGCCAUAGCUGAUAAGCCAUGGAAGCUGUAACAGUAACCUCACCGCCUCUCUCUCUGCACCACCACUGCUUCCCGCCAAGCACACGCAUCGCCGCCGCCAACUCUAAUGACUGUAAUAAACACCGCCAAACCUUCAAGCGGAAAGCUUUAUCAUCACGGCGGAAACAAAAGACUCCGACAUUCGAAGAACACCACGCGUUUCCGGACUCCUUGCCGCUCCACACGAAGAACCCACAUGCCAUUUACAAGGACAUACAGAGCUUCGCAAGGAGAAAUAAGAUCGAAAAGGCCCUGAGUAUCUUGGACUACUUGGACCAGCAGGGCAUCCCGGUUAACGCCACCACAUUCUCCGCCCUCAUCGCCGCUUGUGUCCGUACAAGGUCGUUGGAUCACGGCAAGCAAAUCCACACGCAUAUUCGGAUUAACGGGCUCGAAAACAAUGACUUUAUACGCACAAAGUUGGUAAAUAUGUACACUAGUUUUGGGUCAGUGGAUGAUGCACAGAAGCUGUUUGAUGAAAGUUCUAGCAAGAACGUGUACUCGUGGAAUGCCUUGCUUAGAGGCACUGUCAUUGCUGGUGGGAAGCGGUACGGUGAUGUUCUUGAUACUUAUUCGGAAAUGCGGGUGUUAGGGGUGGAGUUGAAUGUGUAUAGUUUCUCUAGUGUGAUUAAGAGCUUUGCAGGUGCUUCGGCACUGUCGCAAGGUUUGAAGACGCAUGCCCUUUUGGUUAAGAACGGUUUCAUUGAUAGCGCGAUUGUUCGGACGAGUUUGGUUGAUUUGUACUUUAAAUGUGGCAAGAUUAAGCUUGCUCACCGCGUGUUUGAAGAAUUUGGUGAUAGAGAUGUUGUUGUAUGGGGAGCCAUGAUUGCAGGUUUUGCGCAUAAUAGGAGGCAAGGGGAAGCUUUGGAGUAUGUUAGGAUGAUGGUAGAUGAAGGAGUAAGACUGAAUUCAGUUAUAUUGACUAGUAUUCUUCCUGUGAUUGGGGACGUUGGGGCUCGAAAGCUAGGGCAGGAGCUUCAUGCUUUUGUGGUGAAGACGAAAAGCUAUUCCAAGCAGAUUUUCAUUCAGUCUGGCUUGAUAGACAUGUAUUGCAAGUGUGGAGAUAUGGAUAUGGGGCGGCGGGUUUUUUAUCAUUCGAAGGAGAGGAAUACAAUUUGUUGGACUGCUUUGAUGUCAGGUUAUGUUGCAAAUGGGAGGCCUGAGCAGGCAUUGCGAUCGAUCAUUUGGAUGCAGCAGGAAGGGUUUAAACCAGAUUUGGUCACGAUUGCCACCAUCCUUCCAGUUUGUGCAGAAUUGAAGGAUUUGAAACGAGGGAAGGAGAUACAUGCGUAUGCUGUGAAAAAUUGUUUCUUGCCCAAUGUAUCUAUAAUUUCUUCUUUGAUGGUGAUGUACUCGAAGUGUGGCAUCUUUGAGUUCGUAAGACUAUUCGAUGGGAUGGAGAACAGAAAUAUUAUCCUUUGGACGGCCAUGAUUGAUUCCUAUAUUGACAACGGAUGCCUCUACGAGGCACUUGGUCUGGUAAGGUCAAUGGUCUUAUCGAAGCACAGGCCAGAUUCCGUUGCAAUGGCAAGGAUUUUGAACAUUUGCAAUGGCCUAAAGAAUUUGAAGCUUGGGAAGGAAAUUCAUGGACAAGUUUUGAAGAAGAACUUUGAAUCCAUUCUUGUUACUGCUGAAAUUGUGAAAAUGUAUGGGCAAUGUGGAGCCGUUGAUCAUGCAAAGUCUGUUUUCGAUGCAAUCCCUGUCAAGGGUUCAAUGACUUGGACUGCAAUCAUAGAGGCUUAUGCAUACAAUGACAUGUAUCAAGAAGCUAUCAAUCUGUUCGAUCAGAUGAGAUCUAAAGACUUCACUCCGAACCAUUUCACUUUCCAGGUGGUUCUAUCUAUUUGCGAUCGAGCUGGAUUUGUUGAUGAUGCUUGCCGUAUCGUCCAUUUAAUGUCUCGUGUGUACAAAGUUAAGGUGUCUGAGGAACAAUAUUCUCUAAUCAUUGGACUUCUUGAUCGUUUUGGCCGCAUUGAGGAGGCUCGAAGAUUUACAACAUUGAGUUCGUCUCUGUUGUAAUGAUGGAUGGUUGGACCUUCCUUCUUUCAUGUAUAAAUUUCGUAAGCUCUUGAAACUUUCUUUGUGAUUACUAGUUUUCUGCAACUUCACAAAUGUAUAGAGACCCAUUGUAUCUUCAUGUAUGAGUAACAUGGUAAUUUUCAAUUUACUUCAAUGUGAUUGUUGUUACCAA